CUCGGGCCCGCGCCCGAAAGGGUUAAACCUUUCUCAUGUUACCGAGCGGCUUAUAAGGAGGGGGAGGCCAAGCCUCCGCCUUAUUGGGGUUUAUUCUCUUCCCUUCUAACUUGUUUCAGAAGUCCUCUCAUACAGUGUCUCCUCUUACUUGGUGAUUAAGAAUGCCCCAAAAUAAAUCAAAGAUUUGGUCCAGAGCCAAUGUGUAUACUCAAGUGCCUGAUGGAGGAUGGGGCUGGGCAGUAGCUGUUUCUUUUUUCUUCAUUGAAGUCUUCACCUAUGGGAUCAUCAAGUCAUUCGGUGUCUUUUUUAAUGACUUAAUGGACAGUUUUGAUGAAUCCAAUAGCAGGAUCUCUUGGAUCAUAUCAAUAUGUGUGUUUGUCUUAACAUUUACAGCUCCCCUUGCCACCAUCCUGACCAACCGUUUCGGACACCGUCUGGUGGUGAUGCUGGGAGGGAUGCUCAUCAGCACCGGCAUGGUGAUCUCCUCCUUCUCCCAAGAGGUGUACCACAUGUACCUCAGCAUCGGGAUCAUCUCUGGCCUGGGGUACUGCUUCAGUUUCCUCCCCACCGUAACCAUCCUGUCACAGUACUUCGACAGAAGACGCUCCGUAGUGACUGCGGUCGCUUCUACAGGAGAGUGUUUCGCGGUGUUUGCUUUUGCCCCAGCCAUCACAGCACUGAAGGAGCGCAUCGGCUGGAGAUACAGCAUCCUUUUUGUGGGCCUGCUACAGUUAAACAUUCUCGUCUGUGGAGCCCUGCUCAGACCAAUUAUUAUCAGAGGACCAGGGUCACCAAAAAUCGUCACGCAAGAAAACCGCAAGGAAGCGCAAUACAUGCUGGAAAACGAGAAGACGCGAACGUCAAUCGACUCUAUCGACUCAGGAGUAGAACUAACUACCUCACCUAAAAACGUGCCUAGUCACACCAACACAGAACUGGAGCCCAAGGCCGACACGCAGCAGAGCCUGGUCAAAACCAGCGCCAAGCAAAGGGAAAAGAAAGCCCCCCUAUUAGACUUCUCCGUGCUGAAAGAGAAAAGUUUUAUUUGCUAUGCAUUGUUUGGUCUCUUCGCCACACUGGGAUUCUUUGCCCCUUCCUUAUACAUCAUCCCUUUGGGCAUCAGUCUACACAUUGACCAGGACCGCGCUGCCUUUUUAUUAUCUACAAUGGCAAUUGCUGAAGUUUUCGGAAGAAUCGGAGCUGGUUUUGUCUUCAACAGGGAGCCCAUCCGUAAGAUCUAUAUUGAGCUCAUCUGCGUCAUCCUAUCCACGGUGUCUCUGUUUGCCUUUACUUUUGCUACUGAAUUCUGGGGUCUGAUGUCAUGUAGCAUAUUUUUUGGGUUUAUCGUGGGGACAGUAGGAGGGACCCAUAUUCCGCUACUUGCUGAAGAUGACGUCGUGGGAAUCGAAAAGAUGUCUUCUGCAGCUGGAGUCUACGUCUUCAUUCAGAGCAUAUCGGGGCUGGCUGGACCGCCCCUUGCAGGUCUGCUGGUGGACCACAGCAAGGUGUACAGCAGGGCUUUCUACUCCUGUGCUGCCGGCAUGGCCAUGGCUGCCGUGUGCCUCGCCCUGGUGAGACCUUGUAAAACGGGACUGUGCCGACGUCACCAUGUAGGUGAAACCAAGGUGGAGAGCCAUCGUGGGAAGGCUUUACAAGACAUCCCUGAAGACUUUCUGGAAAUGGAUCUUGGGAAAAAUGAGCAUAGAGUCCAUGGGAAGACGGAGCCAGUAUGAGAUGUUGGCUAUGACAACAGCCACUGUGUGGGCUGGGUUGGGACUAGGAGAACAGAGGGAGGCAGGAGAGCUGACCACUCUACCCACUUGCAAAAACUACGUCUUAAAGGGAAUGUUUAUGUCAACAGUUCUACCAACAUCUCUUUCUUCUUUUAAGUUUUCCUUUUUGCUUGUUUAAGCCCAAACAGAGACAACCAUUCUCCCACAUAUUAAUCUGGCUGGAUUCAGUAGCAAUACAAAGCUCCCCAGGAGGGCUCUGGCUCACAUUCCAGUAUUAAAAUGCAGCUGGCCCCCCAGAUCCUCGGAUUCAACCAAUGUAGCAUAUGUAGCCAGGCAACUCCCAUGGUUAUGAAAUGGGGGGUAGCUCCCCAAAAGACAGAUGCCAAACCAGUUUGUCUGUUUAUUUUCCUUUUCCCUUAUAUGUCAUGCUGAGAUGACUUUAAAAUAAUCUGGGAGGAUUGUGUAGGCUACAUGUAAAUAUACCAUCUACAUAAAGGGCGUGAGAAUCCGUGGAUCUGGUAUCCGUGGUGGCUGGCUGAGGUGUCUGACACCAAGCUCCACGGGUACCGAGGGACAACUGCUGUCAGCCCAUGGGUUGGCCGAGCAGUUUUCAGUGCUCGUAUGUGGUAAACUACGAUGUCAUGUAAUGACAUGUAGGCCGGGUUACUGAGGUGAAAUUAGCCAUUCCAAAAAAACAAAGUUCAAUCAUUUUAAAAUGGUCUAAUUUUCAGAAAUAGGAAUAAUUUUUAAAACCCUUUUAAGAAAGACUGAGGUUUUCAUUAACAAAUUGUGGCCUCUGAAUUUUCCAAAUAUUGCAUGGAAGCGAAGCACAGUAAGACCAAACAUUUGACUAACAAAUAAAAAUUUUAAUUAUACAUGUAACUUGAACUUCAUAAAUGUGAAGAUUACCACUUCUUUUGAUGGCCAGUUUUGACCAGAAGUAUUUUAAUAUCGGAUAUACAAAAUGGCAUUCAAAAAUGUGCUUCCUGUUGCUUUUAAUCACUCAGAAGUAUAUGAUUGUAGUGUCUUUAAUUUAAACCACUAUUUAUUAUUAAGUUAUUCUAAGAUGAUUAAAGUAAUCAAAAGAAAUAAAAUCUGAGAUAUACGUAGCAUUUUAGUUCCUUUAUGCAAUCUUUUAAAGAAUGCUUAUCUUCUUAAGUUACUCUCAUGAAAGGCCAAGUUGUAAUGAUUCUUCACAUUGAUUAAAGGCAACAUGUGGUAUUUAAAGGGGAAAAAAAUAAUGAAGAGCAAAUCGCCAUAGCUUUUAAAAAUAAUGUGUUUUAUCACCUAAGAAUACUUGAGGAUCUUCUGUUCAGAAUUAUAGUUCAAUGACUUGUUGAAGCAUUUCUUACUUUUUUGUAAUCAAACUAUUAAAGCACUUCUGAUUUUUUUUUUUUUUUAAAAACAUCUAAAUGUUGAAACAUCUCUGUAUUUCACACAGGGGUCACAGAGACAUUCAUGUUACCAUCACGAAUUACAAAUAAUAAUUUAUGUCUUAUAUGAACCGUGACUUGAUGGUUCUAAGUUGCCCUAGGUAUCAGGUAACAGGUCACUGCUUUUUCUGGAGUUACACUACACAUAUAGUAUUUCUCAUUUUAGCGGUUUUCUGUAGAGGGCCAGUGUGAGGGUAAUAGGUGAGCUAGCUCUUCGCCUCCUUUACCGACUCUCACUGCUGGUCAAUGCUCGCUGCUCCGUCUUUAUUCAUCUUACUGUUAAUUUAUGACAACUCAGGGGGAAAAAUAUAACAAGCCUAGUUUGGUUACAGGUACACACAAGCUUGAAUCUUUCUCUGCACUGAAAUGAAAGUGGCAUAGUUUAUCACCACCUGCUACAUUUUGUAUAGCAUUUUAUCAGCCAUAGAAAUAGGACAAUCUUUAACACUUUGGGGAGGAAAUGACAAAGUGUCAAAAGCAGGCACACCUAAAACAAGGUGGAUGUAGCAAAUCUCUGUCACCGCUUCAGAACUCUGAGCUUGUGACAGUUUUGCAGACUUACAUGACUUCAGCACUUUACAACAUAUUUUUUACUAUGAAUGUUCAAUACAAUUUAAUAUUUAUACCUGAUUUCUGAGGGAUCUGCUCUAUGUCCAUUCUGUUAACUGCAUGAAAAAAAAAUGUACGCCAAUUUCAGUAUGUCAAUAAUCAAGGUUUUAAAUGUUUAGGAGAAAAUGAAAACAUGGUUGCUGGUUUGUUCUGUAUUAGUGACAUUCUGGUACUUCUAGAUUUGCAAUAAAUUUAUGGCUUUUUUAUUUAAAAAGA